AUGGCUUUCAAUUUUGGGUCAUCUGCCAGCCCCGCUGGUGGAGGCGCAUCAACAGAGCUCUUGGACAUCUUCACAGAUGAUUUCGGUUUCAAAGGUCUCUCCGGUGACGCGAAUAUCCGCCUCCUUCCCACUCCUUGGCCCCAAGACGCACUUCCUUCCCCGAAUACCUCCCUCCUAGCCGUCGCGCAAAGCAAAGGCAUCGUUGUUGGCGCUGGCCCCGAUUGUCUGGCUGUUGCAACUACAGAUUCUAUCAGAAAAGCCAUCCAAGCUUCUACCGGGGAAGAAAAGGCGAAAACAAAGCCAUUCCAACCACAAGCGACGAUCCCGCUGCCGGCUCGCCCAACCCAUGUCGCCUUUACUGCAAGUGACGAUGCGUUGAUUCUGGCGACAGAAAACGGUUCUCAAAUCACAGUCUUCCAGACGGAUCAUUUGCUACAGGGCAAUGCACAGCCAGCGCUAUCAGUCCCGACAAAUGGCGUGUCGAUACGAUCACUUGCUCCUAACCCGGAUCCUGCCUCGACCUUUGUUGCCUUGGUCACCACCAAUGGUGAACUUAUGGUUGCGGACCUGAAGGCUGGGAAUUUGAUCUCCGGCGUGAAUGGCCCAAUUCUCCGAAAUGGUGUUAGCUGCGUCGCGUGGAGCAACAAGGGAAAGCAGCUUUUGGCUGGUUUGGCGGAUGGAACUGCAGACCAAAUGACCCCAGAUGGGACUAAGAAGGAUCAACUUCCUCGUCCCUCGAACUUGGAAGGUGAAUGUCAUGUAUCGUCUAUCGGGUGGCUGGAAAAUGAUGUCUUCUUCAUGGUCUAUACCCCAAAUGCUCCGGAAGACGAUAUGGGAAUUCCGCCUUCCUUCUUUUACAUCAUCACGCGACGAAAGCAAGCGCCAUUCUUGAUCCAGAAGUUUGAGGAGCUUUGUUCAACGAUAGGAUUCUCGAUGAAACGCGCACCAGCAUACCAAUUCAUCGUUCGACUGCGAGACUACAAGCCACAUUUGAAAGAUGUGUUGAUGGUCGCGUCAACUGCCUCCAGUGAUGUUGGGCUCGUCGUUCGAUCCGAAAAAGAGCUGGAUAACAAUCCCGCCGGCCAAUUUGCGGCAGUCAGUGUUAAUGAUGACACCAAGAGGGCAUCUGUUCCCUUGUCGGAUAGCGGUGAUGAAACAUCGGUGAUUGGAUUUGCACCCGACCUGUCUAGCAGCGAGAAUGUUCUUUCACCUUUGCCGGGAGAGGACAUUCAGGAGAGUGCAACCCCUCUACCAGCACUAUUGCUCCUGAACAAUGAAGGCAUCCUCUCGUCUUGGUGGUUUAUCUACGCGGAGUCUAUCCACCAGGGCGUUCCUUACUCUGGCCUUGUUUCAGCCAGCCAGCCAUCACAGACGCCCUCUCAGCCCGCUAUCGCACCCUCACAACCGGCAGCUACCCCCGCUCAACAGCAGCCCGCUUUUGGUCAGUCCUCAUUUGGCAGCCCGUCGCCCUUCGGUGCAUCCGGAUUUGGGAAGCCCUCGGGUGGUGCUACAUUCGGAAGUCCCUCCACGAUGGGAGCUACAGCGUUUGGAAAGCCAUCUGCACCGUCAUUUGGAAGCCCUUCUGGCCUAGGUGGCAAUGCGGCGCCGGCAUUCGGGAAGCCUUCAUUCGGUGAUGGAACUAAUUUUGGCCAAACCAGCUCCCCUGGACAGUCGGUGCAAUUUGGUAAGUCAGGAUUCGGUGCGCCAAGCUCGUCUUCGCCGUUUGGACAGCCUAGCACCUCUGGCAAGAGUCUCCUAGGUUCUGGUGCGGGUACAAGUGGUGGUGGAUUUAGCUCUUUCUCAGGAGGGACCGGAGGAGGCGGGUUUGCUGGAUUUGCAGCUGCAAAGCCAGUAGAGUCACCGUUCGCCAAGGCUUCCGGUGAGAAUGCAUUUGCAAAGGCGUCCGUUCCCUCGCCUUUUGGAGCAAAGCCUUCAAGUGACACAGCUUUCCCUCCGGCACGGACUACCGAAGUGAAGAAUGCCUUUGGUUCUGAGGCUAAAACUGGAUUUGGAUCUGCUGGGGGUUUCGUUCUUGGUUCCUCUUUCAAGGGUGAUGGUACGGCUGUUAAUGACCUGCCUAAACCAGAGAAACCUUCAUCGGGUGCUCUAUCCUUCGGCGGAUUCGGGGACUCGAUCUCCGUGUCGGAUAAACCAAGUACCCCCGCAGAGUCCAUGGAUGACUCGGAAGACGCCACUGCGGCUCAGCCAGCAAAGGUCGAGCCCGCCUCGCUAUUCGGCCUCCCGAGCAAACCUGCGGCCCCGGCUCCAUCUUUGUUUGGCGCACAGACAACGCAGCCGGCAAAGUCACCUCCUCUUGAGACAAACAAGUCGACCUCAGGAUUCUCAAUGUUUGGUACCACUACUGCUGCUUCAGCACAGUCCUCCUUCCAAACCUCAUCGCAGACUCUGGUUACCAGCCCUGCCUCUGCACCUUCCGAUGUAACGGUCACUCCAAAAAGGGAGCCCUCUGCUACAACCCCAAUAUUUUCCUCGCUUGAGGCACCGUUGCCUCCCGAUCCAACGAGCAGAGCUAGCUAUGCGCCGGGAGAUACAUCAGCUUCUUCGAACGCCUCUAAAAGCUCGGUUGAGGACGCGCCCCUUCCCCCGGAUUUCAUCACCAAGAAAACGCCUACUCCCCGAUUUGACGAUGCUCCCCUCCCGCCAGACUUUGUCACUCAUAAGAAGCCUUUGCCAGAGGUAGAGGACGCGCCGCUGCCUCCGGAUUUCGUGACUAAACCCAUUAAAUCGGAGAGCCAUCCUCCUGGGAUUCCUGACGAGGUCCCUGAAGACGCGCCAUUGCCGCCUGACCCGGUUGUUUUCAAGGCAGAGGACACGCCCGCAGAGGAGACUGUGCCAAUCCCUGAUGGCUCAGACGCGGAAUCUCAGGACGCUGACGAGUCUGACUUCAGCGAUAGUGGCGAGGAGAUUACGCACGACGAUACCAAGAUUCCCAGCCCCAAGUUGUCGGCGGGGACUUCGUUUGGCGGCCUAUCCGAUAAGAGCUCUACGGGUGGAUUCUUUAGUGGGUUCUCGAAGACCGCACCCAAAGAAGAGCCUAGCCAGCGUCCGCGACAGCUGUUUGGUGAAAUUUCCAAGCAGCCCGUCCUUCCGCCCCCAGGACCAACCACACGAUCUGGUCGUGAGCCCUUCCGCUCACCUAGCCCUACUCGCAUUAGCUCACAAAAGAUCACAAUGUUCUCUCGAAAGCCCGAGGCUCGUCAGGCUGGAAGUGCAUUGGCCUCAAGAAAGGCUUCGUUGACCCAGAUCGCACAGCGUGAAGGGCAGAUCAGGAAACCUAGUGACGCUUCCCGACAAGAGCGUGCUCGUGUUGAGGCGGCCGCCCUGCGUCGGGCCGAGGAAGAGGUUCUUGCCCUUUCUGAUGAUGACGAGGAUGAGAGACUCCGUGCUGAUCUUGCUCGCCCGGUUGAACCUGUUGCUACGCUUGAUCCGUUCCUCCCUCAUCAGAACUACACUGGGGACACUGUCAAGCCUGGGAUUCCAGGUAUGAUUGAACGACUGUACCGGGAUAUCAACUCCAUGGUCGACACUUUGGGUAUCAAUGCUCGGUCGUUGGAAUCGUUCCUCCUUUUCCAGCAACCUACCAAAGGUCCCGACGCAGACAAAUGGGUGCACAUCUUGAGCGGCAACGACCCCGCUAAUGUCCUGGAUGAGGAAACAUUCCUCCAGGAUAUCAGCAACUUCGAGGACGUUGUUGCGGCGAUCGCCCGGUCCCUUGAUGAACAGCGCCUUCAAGGCGUGGAGGACAAGUUGGACGAUUGCCGAGAGUUGCUCACAAAGGAGAUCGUGACGCUGCGCAGUCAAUUCGCCGGUAUUCGCAAGACCCUUGACGCGCUGACUGACACUGGAGUGAUCCUGUCUGCUCCGCUUUCUGCUGAACAGGCGACUCUUCAGCACGAUCUGCGGACCGCGUUCACAAGUUUACAGGCGAAAAUGGCCGAACUUGAGCAGGGCGUCUCCAUGCUACGGGCCAAGAUGGCCGAUAUUCCCCGCCCCGAUGGAGCUGGCAGCGGUUCCAGGAAGCGACCUACCGUGGAAGCCGUUGCUUCAACUAUUGCUACCAUGAUGAGUAUGGCUGAAAGCAAGAGCAGCGACAUCGAUGUUCUGGAGUCUCAACUCAAGAAGCUCGGUGUUGACACGUCUUCGUCUCGUCCUGCAAGCCGCGAAGGGUCGCCCUUCGCUACCCCCCGCAAAAAUGUCGGACGCUUCCCUGCCACACCGGGCUCCCGCGGCUCUAUUGAUGGCAGCGCCUAUCACACCCCCGAGUCUGCUUCCCGCGGCGCCAACUUCCGGACAAGUAUCAACGGCUCGGCGAAGCACAGCCGCCUGCGGAGUGUUGAUAUCGCGGGUCCCAUUUCUAUCCGCGAAGAGACUUCGCAGUGGAAGGCCAAGGCUCAACGCCGAAAGCAGUUGGUUGGUAAUUUGAAAGAUGCUAUUGAAAAGAAGGAGAGUAAGGUUCGCGGAGUCGAUGAUUUCUAA